GCUCUUCGUCGGCUGUCGUCUCCCGCCGUUGCUUCUGCCAUACGGCUUUGGACCGGACCCCCCUCUCUCCUCUCCUCCGUUAUCCUCGCUGUCCGUCUGCUUCUCCACGGUGCCGUUGCCGUUCGCCGGACAUCUCCCGAUCGAUCUGUCUCGGCGUUUCCUGCGUCGUGGCUCCUCCUGUCCCUGCUCUUGCAUAUCCUUCGAUCCUUCGAUCUCGUCCUCCCCGGCUUUUUCGCACACUUCCCCUCUGGAUACCGAGUCGCUGCCACUGCCGCUCGCCCCUCUGAUCCCCAUCGAUCUGCAUCCGACUCGCCCCUGGCCGCCCAAGCCUUUACCUUCUGUCUCGUCGCCCCUCGAAUCCCACCGCUCUCUAUCGUGUUGCCGCCCCAAGCCCUGAACCCUCCAUGGCCCUCAUCGCCUCCUCGCACGACGAGCCCAUGAACGACAAUGCAUCUUCAGCCCUUCCUGCCUCUGCGGCGGUGGCCUCUGCGGUAGAUUCAAAGCCGUCGCCCAGAGCCUCCAUCGUCAUCACCCCCGCCGCCCCCGCCAACCCCGGAGCGCCUUCGCUGAUUCCAACCCUGCUUCGGCUCUCCGGUAACUCGUCCGCCCCUCUCGAAGUCGAUACCAGCAACCAGUAUCUCAAAGGAACCGAUGGGCUGGAGAAGAGCUUCACCGCCAUGCUUGGCGUGAUUCCGGCGACUUCGUCCCAGAGCUUGAGCGACCCGGCCGACGCUCCAGCUUCGCCCAAUGUUGCCCGGCUGAUGGAGCUCCCUGUCACCUCCACAGCGCAGCUCAAAGUCCAGGAACGCAAGGAUCCUCUCGAAAAUCGACGCGAAACCUUUGGAACCACUCGUACCCAGUCAUUCGCAACCCCGUCGCCCGUAAAGUCGCCUCUGCGGCCCACAGGCUCCCUCAACUUCCCCAAUAUCACUACAACCGCAUCGCAGUCGUCGAGCGUCAUCGUCGACACGAGCUCCAACUCGGUUCUUCAUGCCAUAUCGCCCAUGUCCCCCACAUCACCGCUCGCCAACAAUUUCAAUUCCAGUAGCCACGGCAUCGCUUCUUCCGUCGGAUCGACCCCGAUGCUCAAACAGGGCACCGUCACACGCCGGCUGACCAUAAGCUCGUCCUUUUUCGAUCCCGAGCGGCGCCUCCGACGCAACAAGAGCGAAAAGGACGUGCUCGUCGGCACGCCCGUCAAGGAAGGGCAUGUCAACUACAUGCUGAUGUACGAUAUGCUCACAGGCAUCCGAAUCUCGGUCUCGAGAUGCAAUGCCAAGCCUGCGCGGCCACUGAGUCCGGCCGAUUACAAAGCCGCGAACAAGCUGGCGUUUGAUGUCACAGGCAACGAACUCACGCCCUCAUCCAAGUACGACUUCAAGUUCAAGGACUAUGCCCCUUGGGUCUUCCGAUAUAUCCGCGAUGCAUUCAAGGUCGAUCCUGCCGAGUACUUGCUCUCAUUGACCGGAAAGUAUGUGCUCUCGGAGCUCGGCAGUCCUGGUAAGAGCGGCAGCUUCUUUUACUUCUCGCAAGACUACCGGUUCAUCAUCAAGACUAUCCACCACGGCGAGCACAAGUUCCUGAGGAAGAUCUUGCAGCAGUACUAUGAGCACAUCUGCCACAAUCCACACACACUGGUUUCGCGCAUCUUUGGACUCCAUCGUGUCAAGCUCCCCGGAAACCGAAAGAUCCACUUUGUGGUCAUGGGCAAUGUCUUCCCAGCCAACAAGGAUAUCCACGAGGUCUACGAUCUGAAGGGCUCGACCAUCGGUCGAGAGCUCAAGGUCGACGAGCCCAAGCCCGGCGAUGUCAUGAAGGAUCUCAACUUUCUGAAUCGCAAGAAGCGGAUUGUGCUCGGGCCCGAAAAGCGCCAGACGCUGAUCGAUCAGCUGGAGAAGGAUGUGGCUUUCCUCAUCCGCAUGCGCAUCAUGGACUAUUCGCUGCUGAUCGGAUAUCACGACACCAUCAAGGGCAACAAAGACAAUAUCCGUGAGAACACUCUGAACGUCUUCGAGCCUCAAAAAGAGACGCUGUCGCGCCCGACGCUGCAGAAACGGGGCAGCCGCUCCAGCGCCUUCAAGAGGAGCAUCAUCGAGUCUGAGGCAGUCACCCUUGGCAGCGCCAAGCUGCCCGACAACACACCGAGCGAACGCAAAUACUGUAACUUUUACCGCGACCACGGUGGAUACUACUCGACCGAUGACCAGAACAACCCCGGUCUGGAGAUCUACUACAUCGGUAUCAUCGACAUCUUUACAAAAUACAAUGCUGCCAAGCGCGUAGAGCACGCAUGGAAAAGCAUGAGUGCCGACGGGACCCAAAUCUCGGCUGUCAAUCCCGUGCUGUACGGAGCGCGGUUUCUCAACUUCAUCAAGGCAGCCAUCAAGGAAGUCAAAUCGGCCGAGCUUUUGGCAUCGAUCCCCGAGUCGAUCAGCCUGAGCCCGUCCGGUCCGCUGCUCGCCGGUCCGCUCGAUGGCCUCGAGAGCAGCGACAGCAUCCGGACAGGCUCCAUGACCUCCGAGCAUAUCCAAGUCUACCGUCAACAACAGCAGUCGUCUUCCUACACCACCACCAACAUGUCGGCCGACUCGCAUCCCACCCGUGGCGCCCUGCAGAACCAGCCCUCCAACGCCUCGGUAGUGUCGGGCUCAAGCGCCAUGAAGAACCAGGUUUCUAUGACCAGUAUGUCAACCGGCGGCCACAGCAACUAGAUCGGAGAGAAGGCAACCCACCCUCCGCCACCACCACCCCUUGUCUCGAAAACAAGAUCUAUCGGCGAGACCAUUACCCCCCACCCAUGUCCACUAGGCCCAUCCUUGAUUGCCACUACUAUCAAGCUUUGUCUUUGGUUUGCUGUUGUUUAUCCUUGCGCACUGCCGCCUGGGGUUGCUCCUAGCGGUUGCUGCUUGUCUUUCGAUUUCUUCUGCACUGCUUUGAAUGUUGUGUUCCUUCCUCCCUUUUUUUGGCUUUCCAGAUAGAAGUAAUAUACAGUCGGUCCAGAAAGAAACGGGACAGUCACUUCCUGGCUUCAGAUGUCUGAAGCCCGCUGACUGACUUGUAGGCCCCAGCGGGCAAGCCGUGAGAUUGUUUCCCGUCCUGUUUGGCAAUCUC